ACAACUAAACAACACUAUCAUGUGACUACUACUACCGCACUAUUUUGGGAUGUUGUUGGAUGAAUAUUAGUCAUUAAUCCCCUUGAUACUUAUGGUACCUAUUGCUCCUCCGCCACCCCCUCUUUUGAGUGGGUCUGCUGAAGGAGAGAGGGUCACCAAGGAGUCAAGUAAUAACUGGUCCUACGAAAAGGAUUUGAGAAGAGCAAACGAUAGAAUUUGGAGCUUUUUAGGCCCGAGCUAUGACCUAUCUGUUAUAAAAACUAAUUUUCGACUUCAGAAUGGGCCUCAAUGCGGCUUAGUCGUUUUGGAGCUGUGUUGUAAUUUGGUGGGAAAAAAUUUAAAUGUCACUGUUGAAGAAUUGUUAAGCGAAAGUCAACGCUUGGGUUUUACAAGAUAUGGUGAACUUUUUUCGUGUUACAGCGCAUAUUCACUUGCAACAAACUAUUUAAAUCGCGACAGAGUUGAACUAGUGACUGAAUUAACUCCUAACAAACAAGAGCAAAUGCUGAACGGUUUAUUUGAUAAACGCUGCGUUAUUUUGUUUCCUUAUGACAAAGGUCCAGAUCAUGGUCCUGUUAUUCGUAAAGGACACUCAGCUCACUGGUGCUUACUGAUUGGUGCUGCCAAGUCACAACGUGAUUUAUUGGUUCUAGUUAGGCAAGGUAAAAGUAAAUGGAUGGGUGUGUACAAAUGGAAUGAUAUGCUAGAGAGCAACAGGAAUUUGGUAGAAUCAUCACCGACUCUGACUCGUGACUUUAUUACGAAGCCAUUUUGCCUAGCAAAUACCGCGAUUGUAAUAUAUACUGUAUAA